AUGUUCAGACAACAUCUUAGCGCUGCAGCUUCUACUCGCCGACCCUUACAAACGAAGUCUUUUCAUAAUUCCUCUACAGCUGGCACCUUCGCACCUCGUCCUUAUUCUCAAUAUUCAUACUACAUCUCUGCAUCUUGGCAGUAUAUAUUUAUUUCUUCUCUCCGAGCUGUAUCUUACCGCCAAACCGUUAAGCUACCUCACCAGACAACGUCCAUGUGCCGCAUUUUUGUGCUCUCUCUUGCCGCCACCUCUAAUCAGUGCAUCGUCAAGCAACAUCUUCGCACAGCAUCUUGGCUUCCAGUAUCCAAGCCGCAUCUCUUGAAUCGAAUCUUGGCACAGUAUUUCCAAGCUGAACCUGACACAGCGUCUAUCAGGCCCCAUCUUCAUGUCACAUGUCAGUCCACCUCACAUCGCGUGUCCUCACCCAAUUCGACGCUCGGGUGCUCAUCGUGGGUCACUUCUUGCUUCUUAGUGCUUAGUCGGUCCAGAUACCGAGCCAUGGUACCAUAA